AUGACUCUAUGGAAUGCACAGCAAGUUAUAGAAUGGUCUGAUACUAUUUCUAAGGCUUCGAAUGUUUCAAUUAUUUUCGGCUUACGACCUCAAUGGAUUGAAGAUGUUCAAACGUCGUUGAAAAAAAUUCAAUUGAAAUUAGAACAAUUAGCUUCAGUUGGAAUUCGUUACUAUAUUUUAUGUUGGGAUGAUUCAUCUGGUGCUGGUACAAAUGCGCAAAUGGAAUUACAAAGAGAUCUCAUAAAAGCUCUUGUGAAUCAAGUGACAAACAUUGAGCUAAUUGGUAUUAUUCCUGCUUCUUAUUCUCUAUCCCAAAUAUCCAGCUCUACUAACAUCGAUUGGAGCAAACAACUUGCUAUUUUGAAUGAAAUUCCAACGAACAUUCGAUUUUUCGUUACUGAAUCAGCAACUAAUCCAUCGUCCAUUCAAACAUCCAAUAUUCCUUCUUUAACGAAUCGUCAAUUCAUUUUCUUUGAUAAUUGGAUAGCAGUUGAUUCAAAUUCCCGAGUGACUAUGACCUGGCCACCGAAUCGUGAUCCCAACAUCUACCAUGCUGCUUGA